UGCUCCACCUGGGCCCGCAGAAUGAUUUACCCAGGCACCGCCCUGCUUUCCCAAUGCCUCUGCCAGACCUUUGCCCUAGGCUGACAUCACCGGUGCAGGGCCGCGAGAGGAGCCCAGCUCCACACACCUGCCUACAAGCUCCUUCCAACCCACUUAAAAAUGCUCUCCCUGGGCUCCUGGCUCCCCAGCCUGCCUAGCCUGCCCAGCCUGGCCUGGGGCACUGCCCUGAUGGACUCCAUCCUGCAAGGGCUGGUCGGUGCCUGUGCGGUCUCUGUCCUGUGCAGCCUGGUGAAGAUCUACCUCUACAUCCAGUGCCUGAAUGACCCUGACAAGCAGAGGGAGAAGGAGACUAUCCGCUCCCAGUGGUCCCUGCUGGAUCACUUGCACCUUGUCCUGCUGACGGGCAUCUUCACCGUGGUGGGGUAUCGCGUGGCCGCUCUGGUGGUGCUGGAGUUCUCCCUCCGGGCCAUGUCGAUGCUCCUGUCCCUGCACAAGGGGGCACCCAGCAGCCAGCUCUUCCUGCUGUGCCAGUACUCCCUGGGCUGCGGCAUCUCCUGCAGCCUCUCCUACCUGCUGGAAGGGGCCCCGCACCGCACCUGGAACCUGGUCCUCGGCGUGGGGCUGGCCGGCCUGAUCGCCAGCUACGUCCGCAAGGCGGCACGGCACGUCUGCGUCAUGUACGAGCUGCACAGCAAGGAGCGCUACUGCGGGGUCUGCAUCUCCCUGCUCGCCUCCUGGCACGGCAUCCCCCUCCUGCUCUGCAAUGCCCUCAAGGUCACCUUCGUGGUGGCCGACCUGGCUGCCGUGGCGCUGAUCAACAGGGACUUCCUCACCACCUCGGAGGCCAUUCGCUUCUGGACACCGCUCACCAUCUGCUAUACCCUGCUGGUCAUCUACAUGCAAGAGGAGCAGAGGCAGAACCCCAGCGAGCAGGCGGCCUACCAGACCGUGUUCGUGCGGAUGGGGGGCCUCCUCAUCCUCCUCAUGACCGUGGGCCGGUGGAUGGACAUCCUCAACGUUUUCGUCUCGCUGGUGGGGGAGAUGUGGUGCCUGGUGCAUGCCGGGAUCAUGCUGGACAUCUGUCGGCAGCAGGACUUGUCUCGGAGGCUCUCGGGACCCAGCCCCAGAGAGCGCCGGGCCGGGGCUGAGGCCCGUUCCCGAGAAGCAACGGCAUCCUGAGUCCGGGGCGCUGGCACUGAGCGGCCCCAGGGACCAGGACUGAAGUGAGAGCCAAGAUCAGCGCUUUUUAGCUCCCGAAACUCCCAGCGGAAGCGUCUGGCCCGACGGGCAGCGCCACGGGCCUGGCAGGACUCGCUGAGGUCACUGCCUCCGGGACGCACGGCUGCAGCCAGGCUGUGUUUGUGCUCAGCCCUGAGAGGUUUCCUUUCCCUUUGCCCUAAUUGCUGCCCCAGACCCCGCACGUGGCUGGCCCGGGCCGGGGAACACCAGUGCCCCAAACUCCCUUCAGUGCCCCGUUGUCAACCACGGGGGCAAAGCUCUCCGGAGCAUCCUUUUACCUCCCUCUACCCCACAGUGGGACUAUUUUGGUCCUUCCCCCCACAGGAACGGCCUGGAUGGACUAGGGGAGUCUUUCAAGCCGGAGCAGGGAGUGACCCUGGGAUUUGGGUGGAAGGCUAUGGAGACCCACUGACCCCAGGCACCAGUGUCCAUAUUUCCUAGCCACGAUUGCUAGCCGCUCCCUGCGGCUGUCCCCGGGUGAAAACGGGAAUGGGCUUUACUCCCUCCCUCUCCCCCCACAUGGUCACCUUCAAGCCAGGAAUGGUUUCCCUUGGGGUGAAAGUGCCGCCCUGCCCUCUUCUUGUGCGGGUCCGGUGGGCAGAUGGUGUUCACACUCCAGCACCUCGCAUCCUUGUUGUUAAAACAUAAUUUAUUACAAGAGCAAAACCUUCCUCCCA